GUCCUUCCCCCAACAUGUAAUUGGCCCCGCGUCAAUUUUCUUUUUUACAACUUCUUUGCCUUACUCCAAACUUCUUCUCUCCACCAUCUCUCUCUCUCUCUCUCUCUCUCUCUCUCUCUCUCUCUCACAGUCAUAUUUCAUAUUCUUCCAUUUAUUAUUGCAUGCUUUGAAAUCCAAAAACCAGAGGAACUUCACUCACCCAUCAAUACCAAACAUAUCCUUCUAACCCAAAAACCUCAGAGGCACUACAAUCUUCCCCUUUGUGGGUCUGCCAAAAAUGCUUGUUGUGUCCUUCGUUUGCUACCCUUUUGUGUUAUUAUUCCAUUUGCUUCGAAUCUGAGAGUUUUCUUCAUGUGAAUUCUGUACUAUCCUUCGAUUCUGGUGGUGGGUUGUAGUGGGUGUUUCAGCUUUUGGCUCAUCUGUGCUUCUUUUAUUAUUUUUGGGAGUUUCGAAUGGGACCCAUUAGAGGGUUCAAGAGGAAGAAGAAGGCAGAGAAGAAGGUUGACCAAAAUGUCUUGGCUGCUGCUUCACUGUCGUCUCAGCCCCAGCCCUUGGAUUGGUGGGACGACUUCUCCCAGAGGAUUACUGGACCAUUAUCCCAGUCAAAGAAUCCAACAAAAUUUGAGUCAGUUUUCAAAAUUUCAAGAAAGACAUUCAGCUAUAUCUGUUCUCUUGUUAAGGAAGCUAUGAUGGCCAAAACUUCCAAUUUUACUGACUUAAACGGGAAACCUUUGUCAGUAAACGACCAAGUCGCCGUUGCUCUUAGGCGGCUUAGUUCUGGUGAAUCAUUAUCAAUUAUUGGUGAUUCAUUUGGAAUGAAUCAGUCAUCAGUUUCCCAAAUAACUUGGCGUUUUGUGGAGGCGAUGGAGGAGAAAGGGCUCCACCAUCUGUCAUGGCCUUCAACAGAAGAAGAUAUGGAUCAGAUAAAGUCCAAGUUUAAGAAAAUCAAAGGCCUUCCUAAUUGUUGUGGCGUAAUCGAAACAACGCACAUUAUGAUGACGUUGCCAACAGCAGAAUCUGYAAACGGCGUCUGGCUUGACCGUGAGAAAAACUGCAGCAUGAUCUUGCAAGUGAUUGUAGACCCAGAAAUGAGAUUCUGUGACAUCAUGGCGGGUUGGCCAGGAAGUCUGAGCGACGCUCUUGUGCUCCAAAGCUCGGGAUUUUUCAAACUUUCCCAAGAUGGGGAGCGGUUAAAUGGAAAGAAUAUGAAGCUCUCAGAAAGUUCAGAGCUAGGAGAGUAUAUUAUAGGAGACUCUGGUUUCCCCCUCUUGCCAUGGCUACUAACUCCUUAUCAAGGGAAAGGCCUUUCGGAUUAUCAGACCGAGUUUAACAAGCGACAUUACGCCACCCGGUUGGUGGCUCAAAGGGCAUUGACAAGGUUGAAAGAGAUGUGGAAGAUCAUUAAAGGGGUAAUGUGGAAGCCUGAUAAACACAGGCUACCAAGGAUCAUUCUUGUUUGCUGCUUACUUCACAAUAUAGUGAUCGAUAUGGAGGACGAGGUGCAAGACGAGAUGCCCUUGUCUCAUCAUCACGACUCCGGUUACCGACAACAAAGUUGCAAAUUCGUCGACAAUACUGCCUCUGUCGUGAGGGAGAAGCUCUCCAUGUACUUGUCUGGAAAAUUGCCUCCCUAGGAGGAUCUCGACCCGCAUCUGAAGAUUCUUUUCUCUUUCUUUCCUUUUCAUAGAUUGAUCUGUGUUCCUGUUGAUUCAAAUUCUGCAAGUUCUACCUGUCCAAAUAGUUGUUCUGGAUGACAUAAAUUUAAUUCAUAGUUCAAUAUCUAUAUUUCUGGUGAUUAUGAUUUGCCUUAA